AGAUCGGGCUGGGCUUUUUUAAAAAUCGGGCCGGGCCGGGCCGGGCUUUUCCAAAAAUACUAGGCCCGGUUUAGUUAUAAAAAGCCCGGAUUUUUCAAAAAUCCGGAUUUUAUCCGGGUUUUUUUGAAAAUAUUAGGCCUGUUUUAGGCCCUCGGGCCGGGCCGGGCCAGACCGGGUUUUUUUCGGAUCGGAUUUUUCAGAUUUUUUUCCAGAUCGGAUCAGAUCGGAUUUCAGAUUUCGGAUUUUUUGAACAUCUCUGGUGGUCACCCUCCCGCCUCGAUUAAUCCAGAAAACCCUUGUUUGAAUAUCCCUCAGGCGCCGAUACUAGCAGCAGGCAGCGGCAGAAAAUGGAUUCAGGCUGGAUCCCCCUCUUCGACAUAUUCAUGAAUUCCGGCAGCCCAGAAACCCAAGCAUCUCUCUGGCUUCAACAUUCUUACAACCCCAACCCCUCCGCUUCAUCUUUCUCUACAUCUUCUUUUCUUUCACUGCUUACCAAACCCACCAACACUAAUAGGUUUAUGUGGAUACAGACAUUGCCUAAUGCACUUCAAGCUCGAGUUCUGUCUUAUCUUGCUUAUGAUCAUACGAGGUUUUCUGCAGUAGACUUGUCCACACUUGCAAAGCAUUUGCUGUCUUAUGAUGACGACCAACACCUUGACUUUUGGGUUAAAACAGCUGCACAUCACCUGCUCGACCUCGUGUCUCACUCCACCUAUGAUUGGGUUUCUGGUUUCAGUUUAGAUUCCGAAGGCGAAAAUAGGGAGGAUGAGUUUCAGGUACUGCCACAUUGGCUUAAGCAGGCUGCUGACGGUGAUUGUGACAUCGUUUUUCCUUGGCUUCCCGUGUUGCCUGAGGAAUUGAAUACGAGGAUGACAGUUGAUGUAUCUGGGAUAUUUGAUGAUGAGUCCUUGAAUGAAGUUGAAGGGAUUCAAGAUGAGGAUUUGGCUCAGGUUGCGGCAGGAGUUGAUUUUGUUCGUAUGAGUAAUGAUUGUGUAAAUCCUGAAAUUGAAAAGAGGGCAGCUAUAUUGAAGUCCAAGAUAGUAAAUUCUGAAUGUACAUCAAAAGCCGUGGCAUUGGCUGAUGAAAUUCAAAUUCUUUGUGAUGGUCGACAUGUCAAUUCUUUGGCUGUUUUAAGUUUGAUUGAGCCUUGGCAAACAGAUGAUGAAACAGCUUCAAUUCUAAUAUCUCAUCUUUCGGAUGGAAGCAACAAAGAGCCUAGCUGGCCAAGUCAUGUUCUAUGCUCCAUAGUUCUUCCCAAGCUGUUAGUACUCGAAGAACCAGCUUCACGUGUGCUAGUAACUUCAACAAUAGAAUACUGCAAGAUGCAUCAGAGAUCAUCUGUGUAUGCACUAUUGUAUCCUCUGAUUCUACGGAAAGAUGGUAUAAACAACCCCAUUAGUGACGUGGUUGCAAGAGUGGUAAAAGAAUGCUUGCACCCCGCUCAUGUUUCAUCCUUCUGCCAGAAGUUGCUUUGUGAUGAAGACGAUGCUAGGAAAUUCAUCUGCCCUCCUUGCCAUCAACAUCUGUUAUCUGAUAAACUGGUAUGGAAUGAACCACUAUUUAGCCUCUUUCACAUUAUCUUGAAUCAUAAUGUUCUCUUAACUGAAGAUUCGGUUGCUCGGCUAGUUUAUCAUGUGGACGAAUCGGCUGUUAGGUUUAGAAAUUCAUUGAAAUUCGGAAAUUUUUUCUUAUGUUUGGUCAAUAAGUGUACCCCAUUAUUAAGGUCUCAUAAGCUUUUGUUAAUUAGAGCAGCACAACAUACUAAUACAAUUGUGUCUAAAUCUUUAAUAUCAAAGUUGACUAGCUUGUGACUAUAUGUGUAUAUACACCUUUGAAACUUAUUUAAUGUUGACAUCCUUCAUCUUUAUAAAUAA